CCUCAGUGCACAGGAGGAAGUUUUCUUAUUUUUUUGUUGGUCUCGGAAGAAGGAGCCACAAUGAAAUUUGAGAAUGUCCUUGCUGAUAUCAAUGGAUUUGGAAGAUUUCAGGUGACGAUCGUUGUGAUCAGCUUCCUCAGUCGCUUCUCGCUGCCCUGCCACUUCAUGCUGAACAAUUUCAUUGCGGCUGUUCCUGCCCACCACUGUGACUUCAGCUCUCUGGACGAUGGCGAUAUGUUCAUGAAUCUAUCCCAUGCCCAGCGGGCGACUGUAAGUAUUCCUGUCCAGCAGGAUGGGAGUCUGAGUUCCUGUCAAAUGUUUGCGGAGCCUCAGUAUCAUCUGCUGCUCAACUCCUCCAGCACCGCUGAUGUGGCCACCACGCCCUGCCAGGACGGAUGGGUGUACGACAAAACCAUCUUCCGAUCUACUUUGACCUCAGAGUGGGACCUGGUGUGUGAUAGACGAGGGAAAAACAAAGCAACUGCUACCAUCUUCUUCAUUGGAGUUAUGUUCGGAGCCAUUACCUUUGGAAGCUUGAGUGACAGGUUUGGAAGAAGAAUUAUGCUGCUGGUGUCCUACGUCACUGGAAUGCUGUUUGGUAUUGCAAGUGCUUUUUCUACAACCUACGUGAUGUUCGCAGUGCUGCGGUUUUUCACUGGAUUUUGCAUCACUGGCCUCGUCAUCGUCUCAACAGUCCUCAGUGUGGAGUGGGUGGACGUCGAACAUAGGAAGCUGGUGGGAUUAUUCGAUACCUUAUCCUGGACAUUUGGGAAUGCAGGAUUUCCAGCCAUCGCCUACCUUGUGACCGACUGGCGCUGGCUGACUGUUGUUGUCACAUCACCUUUGAUUUUGGCCAUCAUAGGUUGGAGGUGGAUGCCAGAAUCAGCACGGUGGCUCAUUGCAAACGGAAAACUGGCUGAGGCUCAGGUGUAUCUGAAGAAAUGUGCCAAAAUCAAUCAAAAAAAAGAAUCGAUUCCCACACUUGAAAUAGAGACUCUAUCAACUAUUGUGGUCACAGCGAAGACAGAUCGAACCUAUACCUACCUGGACUUGAUAAGAACACCUAAGAUGAGGAGACUGGCUCUGAGUACUGGUUUAUUGUGGUUUUGCGUGGCAUCUAGCUUUUAUGGCAUCAGCUUCAACAUCACAGGCUUUGGGAUGAAUAUGUAUCUCACUCAAUUUACCUAUGGAAUGAUUGAAGUCCCAGCCAAAGUGUCGGUUUACUUUUUGUUGGAUAAAAUAGGACGCCGGAGGAUUGAGGUUGGAUCUCUGGCGAUGUCUUGCGUCUGUCUCGGAAUCAAUGCGGCCAUACCAAAACAUAUGUCUGUUGCAAGAACAGUUGUUGCAGUCAUUGGGAAGGGAUUUGCUUCAGCAUCCUUUUCAACGGUUGUGCUCUACUGCUCGGAGCUGUUUCCUACUGUAGUGAGGCAGAACGGGAUGGGUUACAACUCGUCCAUGGGUCGGUUCGGGGUGGCCGUGGCUCCGCUGAUCCUGCUGCUGGACGAGGUGUGGCCGCAGCUGCCGCAGCUGCUGCUGUGCGCGCUGGCCGCGGCCGGAGCUCUGGUGGCGGCGACGCUGCCGGAGACGCGCGGCCGGUUCCUGCCGGAGACCAUCGAGGACGUGGAGCAGACGGGAACCAGUACGCCUUGACCUCCAAGUUACUUAUUGUUCAAAGUGCAACAUUAAA